UUGACUGGUCAGCCGCAGGUGCUACAGACUCUGAGACUCUCCUGCAGCCAUGGCCCAACAGAGCGCUGAGCUGUCCCACUGCUAGGCGACGGGACAUCCGAGAGGGCAGGAGACAUGUUGGGACAGAAGCCCGGGGACCACUGCACUGAAUUCUGUUACUAUAGCUACUACUGUAGUAACCAUGGAAAUGCUACGGAGGACUGGACUGGUCUGCAUGGUCAUCGUUGUCAUGGUUCCCACCGAGGCCGCACGAGGUCACAGAGAUGAGAUUGCUCGGUCACAAGCUGCUUUCCUGUCCACCCUAGGCCAGUAUGAGAUCGCCAUCCCUGUGCGUGUAGGACCUAAUGGCGAGAUGCUCGAUGCAGGGCAUACUCAGUACCACCAAAGAAGACGGCGCAGCUCUGAAGACAGGCUGCCUGACUCUCUCUUCUACCAACUUUCCACUUCACAAAACAACUUCCUGCUGAACUUGACGCUGCAGGGAGGGCUGCUAUCCCGCCAGUUCAGGGUGGAGUUCUGGAAGAGGGGUCGAUUAGCCUGGAGUCACCCUUACUCUCCCCACUGCCACUACACAGGACACCUCCAAGACCAACCGCACUCCAGCAAAGUGGCCCUGAGCAACUGUAAUGGCCUGCAAGGGGUGAUUGUUGCAGGAGGAGAGGAGUACCUGAUUGAACCCCUUGUCUCACCAGAUAACCAAACAAGCGCGGAGAGUGGGGAGAGAACAGAGGGGCGCCCCCAUGUGGUUUACAAGAGGUCGUCGCUCCGCCAUCAGUACAAGGGCCGAUCCUGUGGGGUCAUUGAUGAGAAGCCAAUGAAAGGUGCGUCGUGGUGGCAGCGGACUUUGAAGACGCCUCCGCAUCACGUUGGCCGCAGCCAGCUGCCUCUGAAACGCUCAGUUAGCCAGGAGCGCUACGUGGAGACUCUGGUGGUAGCUGACAAGAUGAUGGUGGGUUACCACGGCCGCAGAGACAUCGAGCAGUACAUCCUGGCUGUCAUGAAUAUUGUUGCCAAACUGUUCCAGGAUUCUAGCCUGGGGAAUGCAGUCAACAUUGUGGUGACACGGCUCAUCCUGCUCAUGGAAGACCAGCCAACACUGGAGAUCAACCAUCACGCCGGGAAGUCUUUAGACAGCUUCUGCAAGUGGCAGAAAAGCAUCCAGCACCGGAGCAGCUAUGGGAACGCCAUACCAGACAAUGGCAUCGCUCACCAUGAUACAGCUGUGCUCAUCACCAGGUAUGACAUCUGCAUCCAAAAAAAUAAGCCCUGUGAAACUUUAGGUCUGGCUCCAGUAGGAGGGAUGUGUGAGCCAGAGAGGAGCUGCAGCAUCAAUGAGGACAUUGGUCUGGGAACAGCCUUCACUAUAGCCCAUGAGAUCGGACACACGUUUGGGAUGAAUCAUGACGGUAUCGGGAACGCCUGUGGGCCUCGCAGCCAGGAGACCGCCAAGCUGAUGGCUGACCACAUCACCAUGAAGACAAACCCAUUCAUCUGGUCCGCCUGCAGUCGGGAUUACAUCACCAGCUUCCUGGACUCAGGAAUGGGUUCUUGUCUGAACAACGUGCCUCCAAAGCAGGAGUUUGAGUACCCCACCACAGCUCCAGGUCAAGCCUACGAUGCAGACGAGCAGUGCCGCUUCCAGUACGGCAUCAGAUCCCGGCAGUGUAAAUAUGCGGAAGUGUGCAGUGAACUCUGGUGCAUGAGUAAGAGCAACCGCUGCAUCACCAGCAGCAUUCCUGCUGCAGAGGGAACCAUCUGUCAGACCAACACCAUAGAGAAAGGGUGGUGUUACAAGAGGAUGUGUGUGGCAUAUGGGACUCGUCCAGAGGGUGUGGAUGGAAGCUGGGGUCUGUGGUCACCAUGGGGGGAGUGCAGCAGGACCUGUGGGGGCGGAGUCUCAUCAUCUGUUAGACACUGUGACAGCCCAAGGCCAACCAUCGGUGGAAAAUACUGUCUUGGGGAAAGAAAACGCUUCAGAUCGUGUAAUAUAGAUGAGUGCCCUGCAGGUUCUCGAGAUUUCCGAGAGAUCCAGUGCUCCAACUUUGAUAGCAGCCCUUUUCGGGGAAAAUUUUACACCUGGAAGCCUUACAGAGGAGGUGGAGUGAAGACCUGCUCUCUCAACUGCCUCGCCGAAGGAUACAACUUCUACACCGAGCGCGCCCCGGCGGUGGUGGACGGCACCCUGUGCCGGGACAACUCUCUGGAUGUGUGCGUGAACGGAGAGUGUAAGCAUGUAGGCUGUGAUCGCAUACUGGGCUCCGACGUACGAGAGGACCGCUGCCGGAUCUGCGGGGGUGACGGGAGCAGCUGUGUCUCUGUGGAGGGGAUCUUCAAUGAUUCGCUGCCUGAAGGAGGUUAUGAGGAGGUUGCCAGGAUUCCCAAAGGAUCAGUGUUCAUCCACAUACAAGAGCUCAACAUCUCCCUCAACUACCUUGUGCUGAAAAGUAAAAGUGACCAGUAUUUCAUCAACGGGAAACUGAGCAUCGACACGCCUCGCAGGUUCCACAUCGCCGGCACCACUUUCCACUACAGACGCCCCACUGACGGCCCCGAAACCCUCGAAGCUCUGGGGCCCACAAAUAUCACCCUUGUCGUCAUGGUGCUGGUGAGGGAAGAGAACCCGGGGAUCCACUACCGCUUUAAUCCGCCCCUCAACAGGGAUCCCCUCAGCAGCUUUGGCUGGCACUACACCUCCUGGUCACGCUGCUCAGCUCUGUGUGCUGGAGGUGUGCAGACCCAGCAGGUGGUGUGCAAGCGGCAGACGGAUAACUCAGUUGUCUACAAUAACUUCUGUGACAAAAAGAACAGGCCGAAAGACAAGAUGAGAGCCUGCAACACUGAGCCGUGCUCCCCCACAUGGUGGAUGGGAGAGUGGUCGGAGUGCAGCCGCAGCUGUAACGGCGGCCUGCGCACUCGGGAGGUGUUAUGCAAAAGGAGGAUCUCUGUGACAGAAGAGAAAGUCCUGGAUGACUCGGCCUGCACCCCCCCUCGCCCUUCGCUCACUGAGCCCUGCAACAACCACAGCUGCCCCCCCGAAUGGCUGGCUCUGGAUUGGUCCGAGUGUACACCCAGCUGUGGUCCCGGCUACAGGCAUCGUGUGGUAUUGUGUAAAAGUGGAGAGAGCAGUGAUACUUUGCCCGAUUCAAAAUGCCCAAAACAUGGCCGACCCACCUCCAGGGUGCGUUGUAAUCUGCAACGCUGCCCUCCCCCUCAGUGGGUGAUGGGUCCAUGGGGAGAGUGUUCUGCCAAGUGUGGUCUGGGUCAGGAGAUGCGUUCAGUGCAGUGUCUGACGCACACCGGCCAGCCAUCCAAUGAGUGUCUGGAACAUCAGCGGCCUGCAGCCAUGCAGCAGUGCAAGAGCAAAUGUGACCUCAGUCUGCCCAUCAGUACAGACAACCCUGAAGGUCAGAGGGCAAAUUUCACUCCUGAGUGUAAAGAUGUGAACACUGUGGCCUACUGCCCCCUGGUGCUCAGGUUCAAGUUCUGCAGCCGGCCAUAUUUCAGACAAAUGUGCUGCAAGACCUGCCAGGGCCACUGACACCACGAAACUCCCAGCAGCCGCCCGGGGGUCCUGUUCUCCGGCAGAGGAGACCUGAGCGCGCUGAGCCUCAGAACAGUGUUUCCGUCAAGAGGAGAGCGUGGGACCCGGCGGGGACGCUGUCACACUGACGCCUGGUCCUGCAGCUGGCCAGAGGGACCUUUUUUCUUCACCCAGAAUCCAGAUCAUACAUCUCUGGGGCGAAGCAGUAUGAGCUGAGUUUAAACAUUCCACUGGAGGGGUCGACGGGGUGGGAGGGGGUGCUAAAACCUGGAUAGGCAGAGAGAGGA